AUGCCGCCCAUUCUGACCCCCCAGACCCUGGGCCGCGUCGUCCUCGAGGCCGUCGAGCACGGCGCCUACCCCGACAGCGAGCACGUCGCCUCGGCCCAGCUGCCGCCCGCCGCCUUUCCUCCUCUGCUCCACGACCUCGCGACAGCCCAGACCGCCGUCAAGGCUGAAAUCCGCGCCCUGAGCCGCCAUGCCGCCCCCGACGUAGACGGCUGGAUUGCCCAGGCCAAGCUGCUGCAGGCCGACAUCGAGCGCUCCCGCGCAACCGCCCACGACAUUGUCCAGCAGGCCGAGGCCGCCAGCACCCUCCACGCCGCCGUCCAGGACGCCUCCAGCAAGGCCGCCCUCCUCAACCACGAGCUGGCCUUCAAUCGCACUCUGACCGCCACCCUUGAGCGCAUCAGGCACGCGUCGGGCCUGCUGGACGAAGCCCAGGAUGCCGCGAGAGACCACGACGUCAUUGCCGCGCUGGACAAGAUGAAGCAGAUAGACGACUGUACAGCACACCUGGGCCCCUUCAGAGACACCAGGGUGGCUGGCGUCUUGCACAAGCGCCUGAACCAGCUGCGCGACGCCCUGGCUGACGAUGCAACCCGCGCCUGGAACCUCCUGCUUGUGGCCGACGUUCCCGGCCGCUCCGCCACAAUCAACGGGCAAGCCGACGAUAUGACCCUCCCCACGGUGAUCGACGCCCUCUCCCGUCUCGGUACCCUCGACGCUGCUGUCCUCAAGUUCCAGAAGGUUUUCGAGCAUGCCAUCGUCAAGCCUCGGUUGACCGCGAGGGCCGCUCCCAAUGCUGCCGCCGUCAAGGUCGCUGACAACACCAUUGAGAUAUCUUCUGGUGCGGCGCCAUCAGACGUUGGAGCCACAGUGGCCGACGUUCGCCAAAUUUGCGACUUCCUCAGCAAACGGCUACCAGCCUCCAUAUCCGCCCCUCUGUGCGAAAGACUGCUGCCAGGCGUCGUUUCCCGGCUGAUUGUCGAUUGGCUCGAUCCUUCGAUUCCUGUUUCGCUUGAUCACCUUGGUCUUUUUCAAGAUACCCUAUCAUCAGUAUCCAGUCUUGCACGCUACAUCGACGAGCUGGGUUGGCCAUGCAAGGAGCUUCAUGAAUGGGUGGACAAGGCCCCGCGCAAUUGGCUUGCUCGUAGAAAGGAAGACGCGUUGGCAUCCGUUCGGGCGUUAUGUUCUCAAGGUAUCCGACACAAGAAAGAAGUGGAGCGCGUAGAAACGCAGAUGGUGUCUCGCGACGACGCAAUAAUGGCGGCGGAGGCGGGAGAGGAGGCCGAGGAGGGUUGGGACGCGUGGGAUAACGACGACGGCGAAAAACCACUCGAGCCUGCCGGGACCAAGGCCGAAAAGCAGGAGACCGUGGAGGAAGAAGACAUGGAUGCGGAUGCUUGGGGUCUAGAUGAUGACGCCGAGGGAGACAAUGCCACCGAGGCAAAAUCAGAGAAGGGCUCGAAAGGCAAUCCGGAGGAAGAGGACACGGACGCUUGGGGUUGGGGUGAUGACGAAGAGGCUGGAGAAGCCGGAGCUGCGGACGACCAGAAGGGCGGUGCGACUCGGGAGCAGCCGUCGAAGCCGAAUGGGAGGACGGAGCGGUCGGCGCCACAAGAGCGAGAAUUGACACUGCGGGAAAAAUAUGUGGUCACAGGCAUACCGGAUGCCAUCAUGGAGGUCAUUACCCAGGUGGUUGCCGACGCUCAAGCGCUCGCGCAGUCGAAAUUCUCUGAUUCCCCAAUCGCGCCGGCCGGCGUCGGCCUUUACUCAAUCCCCACGCUCAUCUUGGCCAUGUACCGAGCGACUGCUCCGGUUUACUACGCCAACGACGCGGCCGGGAAUAUGCUAGCUUACAACGACUCCACUCGUUUGGUGGACGAGGCGCGCGGUUUCCUCGUCAAACAGGCCAGAAUAGAUGGUUCGUCAGAUGUGCCACAUUCGUCAAAGCCAUCAAGCCGUCUGCGGCUCGAUGCCGAUCUGAAAGCCAUCGAGAGCUUCAGCAAACGGGCGUACGGCAAGGAAAUGGAGUCACAGAGAACGAUCCUGCGCGAUCUGCUUGACGGAGCGCAGGGGUUCAGCAACUGCACGACGGCGCCAUUCGCAGCCGAGUGCGACAAUGCUGUGUCGAUGACGGCUGAUCGGAUCCGGGAUGUCGCCAAGCAGUGGACCGGGGUGCUGUCACACUCGGCCCUGCUGCAGUCUCUGGGCUCUCUUCUGGCGACGGUGCUCAACAAGAUGAUUGUCGACAUCGAGGACAUGAGCGACAUCUCCGAGGAAGAGUCGAAGCGCCUUCGCGACUUCUGCAACCGCGUGUGCGAGGUCAGCGACCUGUUCAAGCAGCCGGGGCAGCAGGGCGACAUGACGGGCAUCUACACGCCCAACUGGUUCAAGUUCCAGUAUCUCAGCGAGAUUCUCGAGAGCAGUCUGGCCGACAUCAAGUACUUGUGGACCGAAGGCGAGCUCAAGCUUGAGUUUGAGGCGGACGAGGUUGUGGAUCUGAUCGAGGCGCUAUUCGCAGACAGCGACUAUCGCAGGCGGGCGAUUGCAGACAUCAGGAGGCAGGCGCGGUGA